AUGUCUACCCGGUACCACCAGGCCGCUAGUGAUAGCUACCUGGAGCUUCUCAAAGAGGCUACCAGGCGAGAUCUGAAUCUCUCCGACGACGAUGGCAUGACACCCACCCUCCUGGCAGCUUACCACGGCAACUUAGAAGCCCUGGAAAUAAUCUGCAGCAGAGGAGGGGACCCUGAUAGAUGUGACAUCUGGGGGAACACGCCUUUACACUAUGCAGCCUCCAACGGGCACGCCCACUGUGUCUCAUUCCUGAUAAAUUUUGGGGCCAAUAUCUUUGCCCUUGACAAUGACCUGCAGACUCCACUGGAUGCUGCUGCUGGCAGGGAACAGAAUCAAUGUGUUGCCCUCCUUGAUAAGGCUGCCACAUCUCAGAACAUCAUGAACCCCAAGAAAGUGACCAGGCUGAAGGAGCAAGCUCAGAAGAAUGCCAGGAAGCAGAUCAAAGAGUGUGAGAGGCUCCAGGAGAAACAUCAAAAUAAGAUGGCCCGGAAGUACAGCAAGGGGGAAUCUGGAACUUUCUCUUCUUCCCAGGGCACCUUCUCCAGCUCGUACUCUUCAAGUGCUUCUGCUUCUAAGACAUUUGGGUCAUUGUCAAAGGGCAUUAAAGACACCUUCAAGCUAAAGUUCAAGAAGAACAAAGACACAGCAGAACAAGGGGAGAAGGGCCAAAGAGGGCAGAGGAAUGUGAUGGAGGUGUUCAAAGAAGAGGAGGAUGAGGAGGAGGAAUAUUCUUUCUCAGGGGACUUUAAAGACAAGCUGCAGUUCUCAGAAGAGGAGGACAGCUACGUGCAACGUGAGUCCAUUCUCAACCGUCCAGGUUUAGGAAGUAUCAUUUUGAACAGGAACACACAGUUGAGAACAGAAGACAUCUCGGACAGCAAGGAGCUGGGACUUAAAAUACCCAGUGAAUUGCUUCAGAGGCAAGACGCAGCAGAGGCUGAUGAUGCCGAACCCGAUGAAACCAGAGAGAAAAAUGGCCAUGACGAUGAUCUGCUUUGGGAUGGAGAUGACGUGGAGUGGGAGGAAGAUGUGUCUGACGCUACACCCCUGGAAGUAUUCUUACUGUCACAGCACCUGGAUGAGUUCUUUCCCAUUUUCUUGAGAGAGCAGAUUGAUCUGGAAGCUCUGUUGCUCUGCUCUGACGAGGACCUUCAGAGCAUACAUAUGCAGCUGGGGCCCAGGAAGAAAGUUCUCAUGGCCAUAAACAGAAGAAAAGAGGUGCUACAGAACCCAGGGCAGCUGGUGGACACCAGCCUCUGAUGGAGCAUGCUGGGCCAACAGGGCUGA